AUAGAAUCUUGAAACAAAGGUCACGUUCAUACAGGUGAUAAGGCAAUCUCGUGGUUACGUGAACACCUGUGCGUUGACAACAAGGGCACAGGCCAUUCACCAAGUUCCUUUCAGGAUACUUACUUCAGAUAAGAUAGGUAUAAGAUGGCAUUAUGUAAUACCUUAUCACUAGGAUAUCACCCGAAAAGCUGUUUCUUUAAAACCCCUCAUAUAAGACACAAACAAUACGUACAAAAAUAGAAUUAAUUGAUCCACAUCUCGAAUGCUCGAGGCUGUCACAACAGGUGCAGAUACACACAGUAUUCAUUGUGUGACAAUUGUCCGGUAUCGCGAAAACGCAAAAGCAUUGCCGUUGACCGGGCAGUUUCAGUGUUCUAGAUAUCAUCCCUGUUCUACACCUUUGACGACCAUGUGGUUUGGGGAGGCAGUCACACGUGCCUUGUCGGUACUGUUGAUGACAUGGAGAUCACUCCGAGACAAGAUAAGGGCUCCAGGUUCAACAAUACCCGAACCCUGCUAUGUCCUUGGCCUUGGACUCAAGGCUAUAUUUGGGAACAAUAAACUGAAGAUAUUGGAGUUCCUUUUUGAACAUUUCUUUUCAUACGGACUUUUCAGAUAUGAGGACAAAAUUUACAUAAUCGACGCCAAAUAUUGCCAAGCAGUCAUAAAUAGGUCGGAGAAAGGGGGAGAAAAUUAUCUUUCUAACUCACCCCUCGGAAACAGCUUCCUCGGCUCGCCGAACAAAAGUCCAGAAACCAGACGAUCAAUCUCCGCCAUCUUUAGAAAAUCCAACAUGGAAGAAAAGGGAUUGCUGAUGAUAAAAGACAUAGAGAAAAUGAUUCAAAUUAUUUCUAAAAAUACGAUGAUAAAUGUGAACGAAGUUACAUUGAAAUUAGCCCUUGACAUCGUGGGCCACGUUCUAAUUGACGUCGACCUUGAAGCUCUGGACGGAAAACGGGACAAAAUAUUGGAAUGUAUGAUGACAAUCUUACAUAAAGCCUACGCACUGGGGGAAAUAACGUACGACUCAGAAGAGUUCCUGAAAGCUGGUGAGGUUUUUGACAAACUGACAACAAACAUUUUAGAGGACGCCCUUUCUUCAGGCGAUGCGAGGCCUGGUGUCGAUGUCAACCUACCACAGCUUUUACACACAGCCUGCGGUUUUGAUGAGGCCAAGGAUAACUUAAAGCUGUUCCUUAUGGCAGGGUCGGAGACAACGGCCGCCACCAUUCCUGUAGUGUUACAUGUCCUGGCCUCCAGACCAGACAUCCAGGCGGAGCUGCAGACGGAAGCUGAUGAGUUUGUGGGGAUCCUACGUAAAGCUCCUGGGUCCGUCCCACCUAAGCUGGAGAGUGCCAUGAAGGAGGUCCUCCGCGUCUACCCUAUUGCCCCCUUCAUAAGUCGACACACCGACUCGGAACUCCAUCUGGGAGGCGUCCACGUUCCAGCAGGGUCUGACUUGAGAAUCUUCACGUGGGGAAUCCACCGAUCUUCCUUCAUGUGGAAAGAUUCUAAAGACUUCAAACCAGACAGAUUCCUGAAGAUCCAGUCGUCCACCAACAACCAAUCAUAUUUCUGGAUUCCAUUUGGAGCAGGACCCCGCAUUUGUAUUGGUCAGCAUAUGGCGUGGGUGGAGCUACGCCUCGCUCUCACAUUCCUGCUUCAUCACUUCACAUUCUUCAAUAUACCGGAAACACCCGAACUACAGUUUUGUGUUGAUUGGGAACAUGCAGUCGUCCACCCUGACAAAGACAUCAUUCUUGGAGUCAAGGCGAGAUCACCUUGACGACCAGAAGCCAAGUUGAAUCCUGGGGGCGGAAAAGAGGAAGGGGGGUUGAAGCGUUGCUGGCCAUAUUCUUUUCAUCAAUUCGUAAACGACGAAUAUAUUCAAAUGUCGUCUUUUCUUUGUAAAAAUUAAUCACUGAAGCUCCAUGGACCCCCACUAUGUUUUGUAAAGAUUGUGUUUCGAUCUUUGAAAUUAAAUGAAUUUCAAAUA